GAUGGCUGACUGACUGCACACCGCAGAGCAAGAGGCCGGUAGCUUAGCGCUCACACAGACUCACUGGCUGCUGCUCACUCUGACACACACACACACACACACUCUCACUGCCUCUCUCUCUCUCUCUCUCUCUCUCACUGUUGCAGACUUACACUGGUUUGCUCCCUCCCAUACUUGCUUCCUCUCUAUUUCUCUCAGUAUCAUACACACACAUACACACACAAACACACACACACACACACACACACACUGGCACACACACACACACACACAGAGUCAGUCACCAGCAACUCUAAUUCAACUCCCUCUCAGCCACGGGUGAGCAGCUCAGACAGGCAACUUGUUCCUAUCCAGCUGGAAAGAGCAGAGCAUCGCAAGGACUUUAUCUACAGACCAGUGAAGAGCACAUCUGUCCAGGGAGGCGCGGGAAGGAGCAGUAUCAAGGAUGGACUUAAGAAAGUGGACUUCAUGCGAGGAGCAGAACGAGUGAGUCCAGAGCCAAAGAUGACACCCAGAGAGACUUUGGAAGUUUUGAUUCCAUAGGAACAGCCUUCUUUCAUCCCAAAGAGGAGACUGCAUAUCAGUGACAUCCAGAGGAGCUGCUGUGAUUGCCAUUCCCCUCCCUUCUCUCUCCAGGACUCCCACCCUUCAGAUUGACAUCUUUUGAUCACCAGCAUGCCUACAGCUUGCACAAGGUGCACCUUGGGAGCCUGACCCACCAUGUGCAGAUGGACGCCAUCCGCAGCUCACCUUUGCCCUAAGUGUACCCUCAGAACUACCACCGCUGCCGCCUCCGCUGGAACGUUCAUCCCCCUGCCCAGUGCAUCCUCCUUUACCCUUAUAUGCCUCACCCUGCUCUUGGUCACCGCUGGCAGGGCCACAGGAGCCUGUCCUCCUCAAGCAGGGCAUGAACCCCUUCCAGGGCUGGGGAGUGUUAGCAACUGUUCAUGGACUUUGGAAAGGCACACGCGCAGUUACAAUCACCUGGAAGGAGACGUCAGACUGCGGCGGCUUUAUUCUGCCAACAAGUUCUUCCUCUGCAUUGACAAAACGGGAAAAGUAGAUGGCACCCGGCGAAAAAACUACGCUGACAGCUUGAUGGAAAUCCGAUCCGUCAGCGUGGGAGUUGUUGCCAUCAAAUCUGUCAGUACUGGGCUGUACUUAGCUAUGUCCAAGAAAGGCACGCUCUUUGGAUCGGUGAAGUACAGUCCAAGCUGCAAGUUCAAGGAACGCAUUGAGGAAAACGGUUACAACACGUACGCCUCUCUUCGCUGGAAGCAUGGUGGCAGGCAGAUGUUUGUUUCACUGAACGGACGAGGGAAACCGCGACGAGGUCACAAGGCUCGACGAAGGCACCCAUCUACUCACUUCCUGCCCAUGCUUCCCUCCUAGGCGUGCCUGAGUCUGAACAUUUGCUGGCAGCUGCUUGGCUCACCUGCCCUCUCACAUUAGUGCUGAUCUAGAUGUGACAACAAUCUUUCCUUUUUAUUUAUCCAUCCUAAUGUUACAUAAAUGUACAUUUCCCAAGGUCUGUAACACUUUAGAAUUAGAAAAUCUGCUUCUUAAGUUAUUCUCUACAUUUUUUUAAUGAGGUUAAUAUAAUAGAGUGCAGCCUGACAAAAAAAACAUUGUUGCUUUCUGCAGUUUUUCCACCUAUGUGUGCUUAUAAACUGUAUCGAAAAAUAUGAGUGACAUUGAUUCAUUAGAUGACUAAUAAGAUAUAAAGCAAUUUCAAAAUUGCUUUGAAUCAGAGAGAAAGGCGAGGAAACUGCCGUUUUGUUCUUUUCCUUUUUAAGGAGAUUUAUUCACGAGAAAAUGUUGAACCAUACAUAAGUCAAUUGGUUUUAGAGUCAUUCAGAGAUUACGUCCCCCUAUACUCUGUGUUUAAAACAAACCAACAAUUAAAAUAAUUUCACAUAACAGCUAAUCUGAAAGAAGUCUUUAGACUAAUGUAGGGCAUACAAAUCAAGGUGAAAAAAAUUAUCAAAUCAAACAGUAAAGCAUGCAAUAAAUGAUGCAAAAGAGACAUAAUAUCAUAAGUAAAUUUACAUAUUGCACAUAGAAGUUCUCUCUGCUAAGCACUAUUUCAUAUAUUAGUUUACCUAUAGUAAACCAAUGAAUAAAACCAAUGAUUUGAAAUCAUUUCUUGCUUUUUAAGUCAAAACAUGACUUUAAAUAAAAGAUUGAGGAAUGAGUUUAAUAUAAAAGGAUAUGGAAAUAAAAACAAACUCUGACUGUAGGGGUUCAGUGCUGGUUAUUUUGCCCCUUUGUUAUUUCAUGUAUUUUAAUUUUGGUUGUUUAAAAAAGUAAUAAAAGAUAUGGACCAUCUUUCUGCUGAUGCUUCAUAUUGACCAUACAUCAUUUUAUACUCACCAGCUGAAUAUUUCUACCAACUUUGACCAAAGGCAUUUUGAAGCAUGCUGUUUUUAUAUUCUACUCAUGCUCCACAAUAAGGUUCUUUUUUACUUUGAUAAAUAAUACCUAAAGGUGGGAAGUCAGAGUUGUCUGGGGCUGACCAGAUGUAUGGAGGACCAAUCCAGUCAUAAAUCAGAAUACUUACAUAAAUAAAUAAAUUUCUCAAUAAAAAUAAAUACAGGGCCAAAAAGUAGCUAAAAUAUAUAAUUGUGUGCUAUUAGAGGCAACAAAAUGAUAUAAAUGAUUUUGUUUCUCCUUGUGUAUUUAUUGCAAGUAAUAUUUCCCCUAUAUUUUCUUUUCAAAGCACUAAUUUUCAGUCAUCAUUUUUUCUUC